AUGGUGAUGUUCAGAUCUCCAUUACUCAACUCUGUUUCUUCCGACAUGUUUAUGAAGAAGACACAUAAGCUAAGCAACAAAGACAUUAUUGGUUCUGGAGGAUUCGGAACUGUUUACAGAUUAGCCAUUGAUGAUUCUACAGCUUUUGCUGUGAAGAGACUAAACAGAGGAACCUCUGAGAGAGACCGAGGGUUCCAUAGAGAGUUAGAAGCGAUGGCUGAUAUCAAACACAGAAACAUUGUAACUCUCCAUGGCUACUUCACUUCUCCACAUUACAAUCUCCUAAUCUAUGAGCUCAUGCCUAAUGGAAGCUUAGAUUCAUUUCUGCACGGAAAGAAAACUGGAGAAAGAAAAGUUUUGGAUUGGGCAGACAUCAAAUCUAGCAACAUACUUCUUGAUCACAACAUGGAAGCUAGGGUUUCCGAUUUCGGUUUAGCUACGUUGAUGGAGCAGGACAAGACUCAUGUUUCCACGUUCUUAGCUGGAACAUUCGGAUACUUAGCUCCUGAGUAUUUCGAUACGGGUAAAGCGACAAUGAAAGGAGAUGUUUAUAGUUUCGGAGUCGUUCUGUUGGAGCUUUUAACCGGAAGAAGACCAACAGAUGAUGAGUUUUUUGAAGAAGGAACAAAGCUUGUUACUUGGGUGAAAGGAGUGAGAGACCAAAGAGAAGAGGUGGUGAUAGAUAUCCGGUUAAGAGGAUCACCGGUUCAAGAGAUGAACGAUGUGUUUGGUAUAGCGAUGAUGUGUCUUGAACCGGAACCGGCUGAUAGACCGACCAUGACCGAGGUUGUCAAAUUGCUCGAAUACAUCAGCAUUUCAAAACGUUCUUCUUCUUCUUCCUUUUGA